CGCAGGCGCGGCGCCAUGUUGCUGUCAGAGCUGGAGCCGGGCCGCGGUGUGAGGGAGACGGGCCGACGGCGGAGCGGGGCCCGGGGCCCGGGGAUGGAGCGGGCCGAGCCCGCGGCCGCGCCACAGCCACAGCCACAGCCACAGCCACAGCGCCCGGCGGACACCCGCCGCAGCCCGGCCGCGAUGUGACCCAGCCACCACCCAGCGAUGGCAGCGGGACAACGGCGGCGAACGGCCCGGCUCCUCGGCUUCGGCCUGGUCCUCGGCACCGCUGGUUCAUUCUUCCUGAGAGGAGCCGAGUGUUUGGGAAUGGCUGCCUGUCAUGGGAAACUGGAGCCCCACAAAGAACAGCGCGGAGUCAUCUCCAGCCCUUCCUGGCCAACCAGCUACCCCCCGUCCAUCAACUGCAGCUGGUACAUUCAGGGCAACUACGGAGACAUCAUCACCAUCAGUUUUCAGAACUUUGACCUGGAGAAUUCACACAAGUGCACUGUGGACUGGCUGAUGAUCGGGCCAGCCUCAGACCGAGAGGAAUACCGAAUGUGUGGCUCCUACAUUCCCCAGCCCUUCAUCUCCACCCGGGACCACACCUGGAUCUUCUUCCAUUCCGAUCGCUCCAGCUCGGGGCACUCCCGUGGGUUCCGGCUGUCCUUCAUCCGAGGGAAGUUGUCCCAGGACAGCUGCAAACCCGACGAGUUCCUGUGCAGGAACGGCAAGUGCGUCCUGGGCGCCUGGAGAUGCAACAAAAUGGACGAAUGCGGAGACAACUCUGACGAGCACGAGUGCCAGCUCCCUCCCACCGUGCCCACCACCUGCCCUGGCGGAAUGUUCCGGUGCACAGUGGAGCAGACAGCCCAGUGUCUGCCACUCGAGGUCCGCUGUGACGGCAGCAGGGACUGUGACGGGGGGGUGGACGAGGAGAGUUGCCCCGACAUCAGCUGUGGGAAGAAGCUGGGGAACUUCUACGGCUCCUUCGCUUCUCCGGAUUUCCUGCACUGGCAGCGGGACGGGGCGGCGCUGGACUGCACCUGGGUGGUGGACACACAGGACAGCCGGCACCUGGUGCUGCAGAUGGCCCUGCAGCUGUCCUACAACGACUGGGUGCGUGUGUAUGACGGGCCCGAAGCUGACCCACACAAGCUGCUGGGCGUGGCCAACUUCCGCAACAACCGGCGGCCAGUCACCGUGGAGACGUCGGGCGGGCAGAUGAUGGUCUCCUACCACGCCGAGCCGGGCAGCGUGGGGCACGGCUUCAAUGCCACCUACCAGGUGAAGGGCUACUGCCUCCCCCGGGAGCAUCCGUGCGGCGAGGACGGGGGCUGCUAUGCGGACUCGGAGCGCUGCGACGGCUGGUGGCAGUGCCCCAACGGGAAGGACGAGGAGGGCUGCGAGCGCUGCCAGAAGGACGAGUACCCUUGCGAUGGCAGCAGUGGCAUGUGUUACCCCCUCAGUGGGCGCUGUAACAACCGCAAGAACUGCCCCACCGGCACCGACGAGUACAACUGCUUCUCCUGUCAGCCCGGAAACUUCCACUGCGGCACCAAGACGUGCGUCUUCGAGGAGUGGCGCUGUGACGGGCAGGAGGACUGUCCCGACGGCAGUGAUGAGCACAACUGCCUGGUGGUGGUGCCGAGGAAGGUGAUCACGGCUGCCCUCAUCGGGAGCCUCAUCUGUGGGCUGCUGCUGGUCAUUGCCCUAGGCUGUGCCUUCAAACUCUACUCUCUGCGCACCCGUGAGUACAGGGCCUUUGACACCCCAAUGACUCGCCUGGAGGCCGACUUUGUGCAGCGAGAGGCUCCUCCGUCCUAUGGUCAGCUGAUUGCCCAGGGACUCAUCCCUCCCGUGGACGACUUUCCCGUCUAUAAUCCGUCUCAGGCGUCCGUCCUACAGAAUAUCCGCACGGCUGUGAGGCGACAGAUCCGCCGCCAUUCCAUGCGCAGGAUGACCGCGGGAGGGAGGCUCGGCCGGGUUUGGAGCAGGUUCUUCCGGCGGCCCCGGGGCUGGGGUCUGAUCCCCCUGCUGACACCCACCGCCAGCACCCCCCCUGCCCGGCCAGGGGACAGUGAAGCAGUGCCUAGCUGCCAGGCCGAGGACGGCAGUGGGAGAGCCGGACAGGAGCCUGAGUCGGACACGGACACAGAGACCGAUCGGCGAGUGGGGGAGACGCGGGCUGCGGGGAUCGGCUCGCCCAGUGCCACGCAGGAGAACCCGGUGCCAAAGUCCUCGUCCCCCAGAGCAGCCGGGCAGGCAGCGGGCCACACUCCUCAGCUGCUGCACUCCUCCAGUUCUGAGGAGACCUCCAGCAGUGACUUUGAGUUCUCCCUCGAGCAGCGUCUGCCAGACGUGUGUGUCCGUGAGCCGGAGCAGGGCUCCGGCACCCACCAGUGUCCCACUGCCUGCCCCUCCCUCGUCCGCUCCGGCCGUGCCAGGGUCAUGAGAAUGGGCUCAGUGCGCUUGACCGUCUACGAGGUUUGCUACACCCCCCAGUCACACUGUCAGUGUGAUCCCAGUCAGCUCAGCCUGGCCGCUGCUCUUCCUGUGCACAGGAGCCCGGACUGUGCGACGGAGAGACCCUCCUCUCUGUCUGUGGCUCACCACAAAACCUUCUCCGACGUCCCGCAGGCAGAGCCUUCUUUCCAGAACCCUUUCCGACCACCAAACCCUCUAGGCCAGGACCACUGAGGAACCCCCCCCCACCCCCCCAACUCCUCGGACACUUUGUAGAUGGUGAAUUCGUUCAGAGUUUUUAAUGUUACAGUAUUUUUUAAAACAUUUAUUUAAUUCUCCAAGCAAACAAGAAAAGGAGUAACCACAUGUCUAUAACUGUUGUAAACAGGAGUGCAGUGCGCAGAUGUCAGCUGGGGUUGGUGGGCAAACCUUGUCCAAAAACAGUUGCAUUUACAAUCUCCUGAAGUUGAUGUUAUAUUUACAGCCUUUGGUGUAACAAGUGUCAACAGUGUAAACAAGACCUUCAGGUGUGCUGUUUAUACACCUAACCCAGGAUCCUAAAGAGAGCAAUGAAAUCCUGGCAGUU